GAGGGAGAGGGCGGAGUAAUCCCUUUUGUAGAUUUCACUCAGUGAGACGGUUCCGUAUCUGGUUAAUUUCAACCUACCUCUGGUCAAUUUCAUCCACGCUGCAUCUCCCAGGCAAUGGAAAGCUGCAGGAAUGGCUAAAACGUACCAGUUAUGUGUGGUCUUCUUGCUCCUGAACAUUAGGACCGGAGCGGCGUUGAAGUGCUUUUGUAAGAAUUGUGUGAAGGAAAACCAAACUUGUGAGACAGAUGGGGCCUGCCUGGCUUCCCGCUCCAGAAUUGGGGGUGUUGAGCAUGAGAUCAGACUGUGUGUGUCCCAACAAGACUUGGUCGCACCCAUCUACUGCCGGAGCGACAAAGAGUAUGUGACCACCAUCUGCUGUUUCAAGGACUUCUGCAACAACCGGGAGAUACCUCCUCCAGAAGGUCAGAAGAUUGAUUUAGAUGGCUGGGGCCCAGUGGAGCUGGCAGCCGUGAUAGCUGGCCCAGUGUUCCUUUUGUGCGUGGUGCUGAUGGUGGCUGUGUUCCUGUGCCAUUACCACCACCAGCGAGCCUACCAUGACCGCAACCAGCUGGACAUGGAGGAGCCUUCCUGCGACCACAUGUACAUCUCCGAGGGAAAGUCACUGAAGGACCUCAUGUUUGAUAUGACUACCUCUGGAUCUGGAUCUGGCUUGCCUUUGUUUGUGCAGCGUACCAUUGCGAGGACCAUAGUCCUUCAGGAAAUAAUUGGCAAAGGGCGCUUCGGGGAAGUGUGGCGUGGGAAAUGGAGGGGUGGCGAUGUGGCUGUCAAGAUAUUCUCCUCUCGGGAAGAGCGCUCCUGGUUCCGGGAAGCUGAGAUCUACCAGACAGUCAUGUUGCGUCACGAGAACAUCCUGGGCUUCAUUGCAGCAGACAAUAAAGAUAAUGGUACGUGGACACAGUUGUGGCUUGUGUCGGACUAUCACGAGCAUGGCUCUCUCUUUGAUUAUCUGAACAAGUAUACGGUCACUGUGGAAGGGCUCAUCAAGCUGGCACUCUCUGCGGUCAGUGGAUUGGCUCACCUGCACAUGGAAAUCGUGGGCACUCAGGGCAAACCGGGGAUUGCCCAUCGUGACCUGAAGUCUAAAAACAUCCUGGUGAAGAAGAACGGCAUGUGCGCGAUAGCAGACCUGGGCCUGGCUGUCAGGCAUGACUCGCUGACCGACACCAUCGACAUUGCCCCCAAUCAGCGAGUGGGCACAAAACGGUACAUGGCUCCUGAAGUACUGGAUGAGACAAUCAAUAUGCAACAUUUUGAUUCCUUCAAAUGUGCUGACAUUUACGCCCUGGGGCUGGUGUAUUGGGAGAUCGCCCGGAGGUGCUCCACUGGAGGGGCCCACGAGGAUUACCAGCUGCCGUACUUUGACCUUGUGCCCUCUGACCCCUCCAUUGAGGAAAUGAGGAAGGUUGUCUGUGAACAGAACCGAAGGCCAAGCAUCCCUAACAUUUGGCACAGCGGUGAGGCGUUACGAGUCAUGAGCAGGAUCAUGCGGGAAUGCUGGUAUGCCAACGGCGCAGCCAGGCUGACUGCUCUCCGCAUCAAGAAAGCAUUGUCACAGCUAAGCAUCCAGGAAGAUGUGAAAAUGUAAGGACGGGGUGUGGGAAGCAGGGAAAUGUGGCACUGGAAUGAAACCAACACCAUCCUCCACCUGGCAAAACGGCUGCAGAGCAAUGUCUACCUCACAACUUAGAGCCAAUCUGCUGAAGUGUUGACUGGAAGCAUAUCCUGUUUUCUUAAGGGAGAAGGGGGUGAGAAUGAGGUGCAAACUAACACUACACUGAGUAUUAGAAACUUGUUGUAUAUCAAAUUUAGUAUGAAAUUGGUGGUAUUCAAAAUGAGGGACAAGUACUCCCUAGUGCAGGGGGAAUGUAGAACUGCUCGUGACUAAAAAUUGGCAUCUGCAUGUUUGAUUCUGAGCGAAUCCUGCAAAUAGUUGGCUUGUUUUGAAAUUGCAACUUGCCCUUUUAAGCAGUGGGUGCCCCGAGUUCUGUUUUUAAAUUUUACUUUAGUAAUUUUUAAAAAAUGAAUUUUAAGGUCAUGUAAGAAAUGGAGAAGAUUACUUCCUUGUUUUUUUUAAACUGUGUAUAUAAAACCAAGUGGAGUUGCCAGGUAGGAGAGAAGGGAGAAGCAGUUACUGAAACUGAGCCUCUUGUGUUGCUUAUCUUAAUUGGUUUUCAGGUUGUUGUAUAAUGCAGGUUGACUUUGUACCAAGAACAAACUUUAAUCUUUGGUGCAGCAAGGAGGACGCAUCUGGCAGUUUUGAUGAUGCAUGGGUUUUGUUGUUGGAUUAACUGGGACUGCCCAGGCUGAAGAUAAGAAUCUGAUGCUAUUGCGCAAACAGGGCCUCUGGGGUGGAGCAGAGUCGACCGUUCCAUAUCCUGCUUUUGAAAAUUUUUACAAAAUUGCAGGAUUAUCUCCCUUCACAUUCAAAAAAAAAAUCUGUGCACUGUCAUCAAUGUGGGCCAAAGUACCACUUGGCACCAUUAAGUGUAGGUGCUGAUCUGUCCCAAAGGUUAUCGGGCCAAGCUGUGCCAAUUAUGAAUGGGAUCGGUUUGGAGCCGUGGAUCUGGUAGAGCUGCUGCCUCGAUCUCAAUCUAGACCUCUGCUGCUCUCUGCGUGGGGUUCGCAUGUUCCUGCUGUGUGUGUGAUUGGCCACUGUAAAUUGCCCCUAGUGUUGUGUAGGGGUAAGUAGAAUGUGGGGGGAGUUGCAGGGAACGUUGAGGUGAAUAAAAUGGGAUUGGUGUAAAUGGGUGCUUGGUGGUCAGCACAGACUCAAUGUAUGUAUGACUUUGACAGAGCUAUUAGCUUGUAUGACUAAAUUGAAAUUAAGCUAAUACCUCAGGCAGAGAGUCAUACAGCACAGAAACAGACCUUUGGCCCACUGAAUCUACACCAACCAUAAAGCACCCAUUUACUCUUAAUAUAUUAGUACCAAAAUGCUUCAUAAAUGGAAAGCAGCUCCUGGGCAGAUGUUAGAGACUGAAUGAUUUAAAGAUAAAGUUGGGGCAUUCAUUUCUCUCCAUGAGUUUCCCAUAUUGAGCAGGAAAUGCUGUUGAAAGCGUUUCCUUGACACUACUGACUAUCUGGCUGUUGGCAUAAAGGUUCUUGCACUAAGGAAGCCGCCAGUGUGGAGCUGUUGGUGGGUCAGGGCCUGAGCCACAGUCCUCAAACGGUGGGGUGGGGAGGGUUGCUACUGGCUCCCAAGUGGCAAGAUGCUGCUAAAUGUCCCUGAGUCCCCACAGUGGAAAUGGUCUAUUCAUGUUGCACUAGAGGGCAUGUAGGGGCACCUCAUGGAAACAGGGCAAAAUAAAGGGUUUUCUCCCCCCUCUUGCCCACAUUGAGCAAUGGGAGGUGAAGGUUUGCCAAUCAUUUGUAGAUAAGGCCCCUCAGCUUGUUGGGGCCCUGGUUAGAGAAUAAGCACUCCACCAGCUAAGCCCUCGUGUGUUCCAUCGGCUCUCCAGAUAUGUGCCCAAGGAGGUAGAUCCUCCUUUUCCAGGACUUGUUUCUGUGCUUGAGCCUCCAAAAAUGAGGUUUAGAUCUUGUUUUCUCUCUCCCCCCCCCCCCCCCCCCCCAGCUGCGAUCUAGCUUUUUUUUCUUGUUGUGUAACUGACCCAACAAUUUAAAAAAUUUUGUUUUAUGGUUUUAACUGACUGCUCUUAUUAUGCAAAAUCUGGAGGUGGGGGUGAGAUUGCGGGAAGAUGCUGGUUAAGAUGUGACGUGGCAAUUUCGCAACUCCAGCAUGUGUGGUGGAGGAGGAGGUGGAAGUGGCAAACUAAGGUUUUUUUUUCCCUCUCUUGCGACUCCAAGCUUUUUUUAUUGUUGUCUUGUUUGUGCACCCUUUUGGGCUCACUCCAAAUGUGAAGUAUGACUGACAAAUAAAGUGCAAGGCUUGGCUGUGCUGUUAGCUUCAGGCAACUUGCCAGUGACACCCAUGGGAGGCAGUCAGUGUAGCACACACUCCUGGCACCAGAGGGUGCUGUUUGAUGGACUUGGGACACUGAGUUGCCUCCACCUCAAACCCUCCACCCUGAGUUUAAUUUUGCUAUUUGGAACAAACUGAUCUUAAUCUCGUUUCUCUUCCUCCCCAUUGCCUCUGCCUCUUGACACAUGGUAACCUUAGCAACAGCUUACCCAGCCCUCUCCUUAACACUUGUUCAAAUGCCAGCACUUUGCUCCACGGGGCAGGAUAAAGAAACUGAGCCAAGAUGAUGUCUCCUGCAAAGGUGACAACACAAUCUCAUUGUUUAUUCUUUGUUUCCUCUGGCACUGCAUCUUUGACAAACACUGGCUCGAACGUGUGACAUUUUGAUCCACAACACACCGACUGACUGAGCUGCAACCUAGUCUUUUUUUUUGUCAAACGGAAAUGGCAAUCACUUGGGCUUGAAGAGGCUGCCCAUCUCAGAGACGCUACAGAAUUAAGGCUGUGGUCAGGCAAUCUUUUGGCUUUGGUAAGAGGGUAUACUUUCUGAUCAAAUCAGCUUUUGUGUAAAUUUCAGUCUUGAAUUUAAAAUGUGAGAGUUUUGUGUCUAUGUCAAGACCCUCUUGCAACUCUUUCACCAGGGCUUUGUUAAGAGAGGAAGGUCUCCAGUUAAAUAAUGCUACCUGGCAAACAGUGAUGGGUGUAAGCAUGGUGGGAUGUGUUCUAACAAUCCCCCCCCCCUCAAAACUGUUGUAGUUAAUCACACAGCGUUGAUUACAUGCCUCCUCUUUGGUUUACACGCACACACAGCAAUUUUGCCACCUCGGUAGCUUUUAAGCUCUCUUGCAGAUGGUACAAAGACUCCCUGCUGAACCUGGCCUGGCACUGAAUACCUACUUGGAAUAAAACGGGAUGCCAAAAUAGUUUGGCAUGUACCGCAAGUGGGAUUCUCUUUUAUUGUACUCGAACUACUGAUUUUCCUGACCCAUUCCCCAAUCCCUAUUUUUUAAAAAAAAAUUACCUCACGGUAUGCAAAUAGAAAUUGUUACAAUUGUAAAUACUUUUGUUUUGAUGUGAAUCUUGAUAUUCUAGAGCCUGUAUUUUGAAUUUGACUUGCUAGGUAUGUUUGUAACUAACUGCUGUUGUAUAAACAAAUGGCUUCAUCUCUGGAUAUUUUUUUGUAUGGGGCCUCUGUGCUGUUGUGGCUGGUGACGGUAUUUGUAAAUCUGUUUCUACACGCUGCUAAUACAAUUUCAAAUGCUGCAGUCUCAAGCAAGGAUCCACUGUGCAAACAACUGGCUGAUUUCUUGUUGGGCAUGUUCGCUGGUGUCCAGGCUACUGGGCACUUGCCUUUGGUCCAGUGUUCCUUAGUUUCUAUAGGAGAGACUAUGGUCAUCCUGAAGUACAGCUACACUCCCAGGAAUCAAUCCCCACAUCCCAAACUCUCCCAGGGAACCCAUUCCCUCUGCCCAUACACUCCUGAGGAAUUGCUCCCACUGCCCCAUUUGUUUCCCCCCCCAUGCGCUGUACUACCCUGGGGGCAGGCCUUGUUUUACCCCCAGCCCCGUACACUUCCCUCCACCAUUCUGUAUAUUGCCAGGGGCUCAGUUCAUGCACUCCUGAAGAGUUAAUGUGUCUCAUUGACUCACUUCUACUCCAGGCUAUUCAGUCAAUCAAGCUGGCUCUGGAUUCAAUAAGAUUCUAGUUGAUCCACUCCUGUCUCAUGCCACCACCCCCCCAGCCAAUCUACACUCCCAGUGAUCAAUUCCACCAUCAUAUACACUCCCGGGAGAUCAUUCCCCUGCCCUUACCCUCUUAGGAAGCUCGUUUUCCCUCCCCACCACGUAACUUGCCAAGGGAGCCUGUUUCCUCCCUGCCCCAUACCUUCCUGUAUACCCUACCCUCUUGCGCAUUUGUACUCUGCCUCCACUGCCCACCUACCCCGCUGCAUAUCCGUGCACCCUCUCCAUGUCCUCGAAAUCCCUUAACGUUCAAAGAGCUCUGUAGGCCGUGGAUAGCUCUUUGGGGUAGAGAUUCCUUUUGACUCGUUCCUCACAUUCCCCAAGACAUUUCUCUCCAACCCUUUACCUCAACACCUAAGCCCGACUCAAUCCCAGUUUUCCCAGCCCCUCCCCGUUAAUCAAUUUUGCCAUGCUCCUGUCGCCCUUUCCAUUCCGGAGGCAGUCACUUUUCCUGGCCCUUCCUGCCAGCUCUCAUCCUGCUGCCAUCACUUCCACAAGGGGCCAAGUAUUUCAGAAGAAAGCCAACAUCCUGUGUAGCCCCCAAGAUGGAGACUUGAUCUUUUGAUUGGCUACUCCCAUUGCUGAAAAGGGUUCAAGUUCACAGUUCACAGCUGCUGAUAUUUUUAAAAAAAAACAAUCUGAGCAGAAAAAAUGUUGAGUGCCAAUGUGUUCAGAGUGCCCCCCUAUUAGCUUGUAUGUAUGUAUGUGUGUAUGUGCAGUGUUUACAUGGCCUCUUCAUUGAAUUUUUGAAGUGAAACCUGGUAGCCUGCACAAGCUUUUAAUGCUUGCAGGGUUGGGGGAACAUAUCCUAUCAAGACUUGACUCUUGUCCCCAUGUAAUGUGGGACAGUGAAAGAGAACCCAGGUCUCCUCUUCCACACACUGUCUUCCCCAACCCUUCCUCCCUCCCUCCCCGCCAUGUAGCUUGGUCCACCUGUGUGUCACACCCUCGCCUCAAUCGUGGCUGAGGUCUGACUUGGAAGGUGUGAGGUUCAAUGUGUACUGGGGUAGCCAGUUCUAAUUGACCUGGGAGACAAACUAAAGCAGAGGGAGGAGCAUUUGGAAAGGUAGUUGCAUUUGUAUGGAAUCUUUCAUUACCUCGGUGUGCAGAAAUAGCUGUGAGAUGGGAUUGCUGUUAUAGUGAUGUGAAAACAGUGAAUUUGCUCUUGGUCACAUACAGUAAGGUGCACAGUCAAUGAAUUGGCCAUACUGAAGUUUGUGGUGGGUGACAAUUGGCCUGGACACCAGAAAGAACUGUCCUGCUCUGAAACAGCCCAAUGUGAUUAACCACAAUGUACACUUGAAAGGGUAGAUGGAGUCUGAGUUUAACCUGCUCUUUGUACGGCCUGGUUUAAGGUCCAAGCCUGUGGUUUGCGGCCUAAGCAGGAUUCAAACAGUCACAGAAUGGUUAAACUCACUCAAUUCUACUUGCAGGUACCUCUGUUUGACACACGACAGUGGUAAGCAAGACGCCCAACUUGCUCUUUACUAGUUGCUGGUAAUCUGGUUUGAUAGCAGCAACGUGGUCGUCAAUGUACCCAACUCAACAAAGGUUUUGGCCCAUCCCACUGUGUCUCAGAACUAACUGGAGUGUAUUUUGAUUCAUGUAUUACAUUCUUCACAGUUUAUGAUCAGACUUGCAAAGUGUGUACAUAUUGGGAGAAAUAAAGAUGAAAUUUUUUGUUUGUUUUUUU